GCAGAGAAGGUAGUCCAAACCCAAACGACUCCAACGCGAAGUUGAGAGAGAGAGAGAGAGAGAGGGGAGAGAGUAACCGAGCAAAAUCUAUGAAGAUAAAGAAGUAAAAUUCCAAAGGGGAAUCGAUUCGAUCUAGCGGUGCGAUCGAAGAAGAGGAUUUUUGGGGGAAUUUUGGUUUAGUGAUCAGAGAACAGUCGGAUUGAAUCAGAUCUCGAUCGGCAAUGCGUGGAGAUGUGAACGGAGUGACGGCGAACAUGGCGGAGCAGCAGUACGUGAAGGCGAAGACGUCAGUGUGGUGGGACAUAGAGAACUGCCAGGUGCCCAAGGUGUGCGACGUCCACGCCAUCGCCCAGAAUAUUAGUUCGGCGCUGGUCAAGAUGAACUACUGCGGCCCCGUCUCCAUCUCCGCCUACGGCGACACCAAUCGCAUCCCCGCCUCUGUACAGCACGCGCUCUCCAGCACCGGCAUCGCCCUCAAUCACGUCCCAGCAGGUGUAAAAGAUGCAAGUGACAAGAAGAUUCUUGUUGAUAUGCUUUUCUGGGCAGUAGAUAACCCUGCUCCUUGCAAUUAUCUGCUUAUUUCCGGAGACAGGGACUUCUCUAAUGCUCUACACCAGUUACGCAUGAGAAGAUAUAAUAUUCUUCUCGCACAACCACAGAAAGCAUCGGCACCCCUCAUUGCUGCAGCAAAGAGUGUGUGGCUUUGGACAAGCCUCUCGGCUGGAGGUCCCCCACUUACGAGUGGUGAAUCGUCUCAGCUUGCUAAUGGUGGUACCAAUUCCUUUAACCCAGAAAUGCCGCAGCAGUCGAUGCCUGAAAAUCAUCAGACUAACCAAUCGAUACCUUACUUUGACAAUCAAGCUGGGGGAAAUCAGAAGCUUUCUAACGGUGGAAGGGGUGGUGAUCCUAAGCAGAAAGGGAAGGCUAACAGGAAAAAUCAAAAUCAAAAUCAACCCAACAUAUCAAGAGCAUCAAGUGUGCCGGUUGGGGUCCAAGAUGACAAGAAUAAUGAUUAUCCUUACCAAACAGAUCAGACACAGGCAAAGCAGUUUAGGAAAGCUCCACACGAAUUCUUUGGUGCUAGUGAGAAUCCUGUUUCCACUAGCUGGUCUACGCCCAAUUUCUUCCCUGGAAAUUCUGUCCCUUCUGGAAGUAAUGGAAAUAGUUUUCUAGGUCAGCAAAACCAGUAUCCUCCUCAUUUGAGGCCGAACAACCUCCAUAUGCCACCUAAUUUUGGACUGGAUAAUAUGUACCCUCCGAAUUCUCAUAGUCAUGGUUUUCGACCUAUUCCUCCCAGACCUGAUGGCCCUCGAUUUUCUUCAGCUCCACCUACAAAUGUGCCUGACAUGGGUAAGCUAAAUAUCUUUGAUUACCCCAAUUAUGCUCAAAAUCCACCCAGGUUUCCACAUCGAACUGGAGAAGAGUAUAAUAGACCAAGGUCUAGUGAGUCGAAGAAUCCUAGCAGCUCUAAUGGACCCCAAAAAAGCCAUAAUGGACCCCAAAAAGGCCAUAAUAUGCAGGGGGGUGGCCAGCCGUUUCAUCAUGAUUCCAUGAACAACAGGUAUCCUCGUGGUUCUGAAUAUCGUCCUCCUUCAUCCCCCCCCAUUAUAGCAAAUGACAUUCCCAGUAAUGGUACCUGGGGAAGUCAAGGUUGUGCACCACCUUCUGAACAUGUUCAAGGCCUUAUUGGUGUUAUUCUACUAGCCCUGAACUCCUUGAAAGUAGAGAAAAUUAUGCCUACUGAAGCAAACAUUACUGAUUGCAUCCGUUAUGGGGAUCCAAAACACCGAAAUACCGAUGUAAGGAAGGCCUUGGAUUAUGCAAUAGAGCAACAUAUGGUAGUGAAGCAGAACCUGGGUGCUGCACUUCCAAUGUAUAUUGGCAAAAAGCAAAAAUUAUGGAAGUGUGUGAAUCUUAUAGGCGGUAAUCUUAAUCUCUACUCUAAAGCUACAUGGGAGAAGUUACAGAAUUUUCUGAGUUCAUCAGAUGGACGAUCGGCAAUAAUGGCUUCUCAAUGCAAAUAUGAAGCAGCUACAAUUUUGAAAAAAAAUUGCUUGCAAGAGCUUGCUUUGGGUGAAGUACUCCAGAUGUUGAAUAUGUCAAUUGCUAUGAAGAAAUGGAUCAUUCAUCAUCAGUCAGGAUGGCAACCAAUUUCUAUUACCCUUCCAGAGACUAAACCUGAAGUAGCUUCUGAAUCUGGUACUUGGAUUUAAUCAACUACUCUUUAGGUGCAGCAAGUGGCUCUAAGAUGGUCACACCUGCAAGAGUAUUAUCAGUUUAUUCGACCUUUGACAAAUGGGUUUACUUUUGAAAAAAUAUUCACAUUAGAGUAUCUAAAGAACUAAUGGGAUGGAAAACACUGUGAACCAAGUAAGUAGAACUAGGAUUCCCUGUCUUUUCUUCCUUUUUUUUUCCUACCUCCAAUUUUCCUUUCAUCCUUGCUCCCUUGGGGUACUUGAUGAGCUUCUAAAGAAUGUAGUAAUGCUGAUAACGGAAGCCUAUUACACUAUCAAAGUUCUUACAAGCUGCCUAUGUUACAAAUUUUUUUGUUCAUUACAAAUCAUGGAAGGAAGUAUGUCAGGAGGAAGUGUAAUAUCAUGUUUCAGCAUAUGAAGGCGUAGGCAAGAUUAUGAAGCUGUGGACAAGUUUAAACAUGUUUUUUCUCGAUAGGCAAGACUAUGAAGCUGUGGAAAAGUUUAAGCAUGUUCUUUUUGGAUCAAAUGACUAUGUUAUGCAGACAUUAUGAUUCGACUGCCCAUGUAAAUGAACUUUAUUGAAGACACUCAAGAUCGGGUAUAUGCGACGUAUGGAUUGGGGUUCUAUGUUGAUUAUUGCUACAGCAUGGGGCUUGCUAUUUUACUUAAAGAGAAGAAAGUUUGCAGAGGAACUGCAUAGAGGCCGACGCAUCAUUUUGAAGUAUGUCCAUUUAAGAAAGUAAAGGUAAGCUAUCCUGCCAAACACUUACCUGUAGGAUGCGAUGUCUGGAGUCUGGUGUGGCUAGUAGCUGUAGUAGCAUGUGCAUGGAGAUUGCAAAUUAAAUUUGGACAAGUGUUUUGUAUCCUAUUUGGAUUAAUCAUUUUAUGGUAGAAAUCGUUUGUAUAUUCUUGUGUUUUUGUUUUUCUGAUUCAUCCUUCAUGUUAGUUUACAAGUAAUAAAAUAUGUUUGGCAACUUUGUUUCCUUGAAA